GCUUUCAUCCCGUUAAAUUCCAUACACCUCGAUGCAAGGGGGAGGAGAGUUAGGGAAAGGUUGGAAUUUAACAACUGAGGGGGCAGCAUUUAGUUUACCGAAAGUUCGAGGAAUACUCAACUGGUGAUGCAUUUACCGAGAGCACGACAAACCAGCUUUUUUUUUUAUUUUUUACAUAGCCUACGUUUCGUUUUGACACCUACAGAGAGAGUUUAAGCUUUAGUUUGGAGACGUUGUGGAUAUUAAUGAGAAGACUGAUUGGGUGCGCUGUGGAGCAUUAGGCGAACAAGAACUGAAGUCCUCGUCGUCGCACAACUUGUGGAGUUCUCCGCUAUCUAUGGCUGGGACAGGAGCAAACGGCAGACAGCUGACAGGAGGCUACCGAGCAGGGAAGACUGUUCAGCUUGCCCGGCUGUUGAAUACGGAAAGUGUCCGACUUCUGGACCUCUAUAAAGAGAAGGAGAGCUUUCCCCAAACUGCUGUCUCUGGGGAGCAUCUCGUAUCUGUGCCUCGCCUGGCGUCACAUCUUCCUGCAGGGGAGAGGGUGUGGCUCGUCCACGCGGCCCUUGGUCAGUGCCAGGGUCUCCUGGAUCGUGCCAUAGUCCUGGAGGAUGCAGAGCUGGGGCUGCCCGGGGACAAAGAGAGCACUGAGUACCUGAGCCAGCGCAAAGUGGUCAAGGAGAGGCUGGGACACCUGUUGCAGAGCACCAAGAGCCUCCUAGUGGAUGGAGCUGGUACUGCAACUGUGGCGACAGGACAAGAGAGGGCAGAGGAGCCAGAUGGAGGAUUGUUCGCUUUGAAGGUGUGGAUCUAUCGUAUCAUACAAGAUGUGGUUUACUGGACAAAUAUGGCCUCCGAAAAUCUCCCUACAGCUCCCAUGGAGGCUGCAAAUGAGACAAGGAAGAUGGCAAGAAAUAGGAGGAGGGGGAAGAAAACAGUGCGUAGAUGAAGAUCUUGAACGCUCCACAGAAGGAAGAGUGAGAGAAGGAAUGGAAAGGCCAGGAAGGAAUCUUGAAGACUGGGAGACUGAAGAUAGGAAUGCAGGGAGACACUGCCAAACUAAGAAUGGGGUGAAACGCCUGAGGCUGUGAACUUUGAAAACCUUAUACAUUGCUUUAAUUCUUGAUCCUACUGUCAAGGUUAAGGAUAAAUAUUCAAGCUAACACUUCUCUGUGAAUCAUAAACUAAUUACAGUUGUGACCAUUUAUGUCAGAAAGCUUCCUCCACUGUGAUGGCUGUACUGUGACUGCUUGGUGUGGGUCCCAGCUGUGUGGCUGCUACUGCAGGCACUUAUUUUCCAUUAAAAUAUAAAAUGCUUAACAGCACACUGGGCUUAGACAGCAAACAUAGUGGCUUCUUGUCUAGUACACUGAGUUUUUCUGCAAUGGCUGUAAACACAAAAUGGUUAAUGGAAGUGGGUCCGGGAGAACUAUUGUAGACUGGAUAACCAUGACCUUUGUUUAUUAGAAAUAUAUUCUCACGUACAGUACAUACAAAACCGCUUAUUCUGCUCAGAUCACUGAUGGAUUAAGUUGGUCCAAGUGGUCACACUUAUUUAAUCUGAAGUGCAAUAAUCAUUUUCAAUCAUUAUUUUCUAAUAUUAUUUCAUAGUUGUCUAAAGUAGGUUACAAAUAUUUUGCACAAGAGCAGGUGUAUCAGUGGAUUUAAGGACAACAUAGUAAGAGGGACAGCUGAGAGUACAACCUAUAGGUGUAUUUCUAAUUUUUAGUUUAACAACUGUAGCUAAUGUUACUGCUGUUGCUAAUGUUACUGCUGUAGCUAAUGUUACUGCUGUAUGGCAAUAGGUUGCCAUAUGCUUGCAUUGACAUACCCCGUCAGAAUUAAUGCAAUUUUAUUCAGAUUUGGCUUCAUUCAGUUUAGGGUGAAGGAAGGAAAACCAGCUUUAUAUUUUGUUUUGAAAAUUAUCGAGAAGAUUAUCGACACAGGUUUACCGACAGACAGCGAAGGAGAUGGCUGGAUAAGUUUUGAUCCACCCAUUAACAGCAAAUAGACUGAGAUUGUCACCUAAAGUAUACUUCAGAAUGAUUGCAAGCAUUUAAUCCACUUAAUUUGCAUGCUUCUCUUGUGCAAUCCCUAUUAAAUUGAUGUAAAGGGUCAUGCGUCUUACUGCACAAAUGUCUAGCUCCACAUUUGAAGUUGUCUGGGAAGUGGUUCCAAGCCACACGAAUCCCCUGCACUGCCUUCUGGCUUCAAUCUAUUCAUUUGAGCACCAAAAUGAGAGGUAAGAUGUACUGUCUCACUCAAACUAUGCGGAAGUAGCAAUUGCCUAUGUUUGAUCUGCUGUGUGUCACACGUGAUAUGUAAUCAAUGUAAGACUUGUCUUCCUUCAAUUGUGUCCCAUCAAAAUUAAAAAAACAUUUUGAUUAAUAA